AUGAAUGUUGGAACAGACACAAUAAAUAGUAGAGAUGCUGCAGUUGAAGAGUUUAGAAAACUUCGUAAAAGGAGUGAAAAUAAAUCUGAACAAAUACUAUAUGGAGUCACAUUAAUUAAAGAAUUGAGAGGAGGUGGAACUAAGCCUGUACUUAUCACUAAAAUUAUUGCUUCUAGCAAUGAAAGGGGAAUUAAUUCCGAAAUUUGUAUUCCCUUAGAAAGUAUUACAAACAAAUCAAAAUCAACUUAUUUAGUUUAUGUAGAAGCUAUUAAUGAUUAUGGUACCUCAGAACCAAGCAAAUCGUUUUUAAUUACUGAGGAGGGUGUAAUGCAUCCAGCAAAGUAA